AUGGUCAACAGAUACCAAAGACGAAACAGCCGCCCCCAAGCCGGUCCCAUCUUCACAAACACCUAUGCCCCCCGCCACCGCCCGCACCCACCCCCCAUACCAAACCACCACAGCGGCCCCUUCAUCACCACCGCCCCUUUCUCCCCAAACCACCAUUUCCAAGCCAUGACCUCCAUCUUCGCCGAGCGCGCGUACCUCCUCUCGUCCCUGCAGCGGGAGGACGUCCGCGCCACGGCACUCCUGACGGUGAUCGCAGAUAUCAAUGCGCGGAUGGCGUCGUCGGGGGCGCCGGUGAGGGCGAAAGAGGCGAAAUGGCUUAGGAGGGAUUUGGCGGCGAAGAGGCAUGCGGCGGAUAUGAGUGGGAGGCAGGAGAAGUUGAUUUUGCAGAGGUUGGGGGAGGUGACGUUGGUGAUUCAGCAGAGGGAGAGGUGGUGGAGGGUGGAGAGAGAGAGGGGCAUGGGGGCGGGGACGAGAGUGGAGGUGGGGAUGGGUGGGAAUGCUUGGGGGGGUUGGAAUGGAGGUGAUGUGGUUUCGUGGAAUGGUCAACAGGUUCAGUAUGAUGGUCAACCACAAGGGUAUUAUGGUGGUCAGGGAUGGGUCCAGCAAGUAGCAGCGCCGGGGUAUGUGAUGGCCACUCCACCGGCAUCUACGGAGGGUGGUGGGGUCAUAGGUUGCAACGACUGGCAGGUUCAAGUGCCAGGUUGCAACGACUGGCAGGUUCAAGUGCCCGGCUCCAGCGACUGGCAGCUUCCAGUCCCCGUUGACAGCUCCAGCGACUGGAAUAUGUCUCGAAUCUCGGGAGCUGAUGCGAUGGAACAGAAGCCAGUGCGGGUGGCAAGAUCGGAUUCAAUGGUUGAGGUCGCAGCAGGUCGCAGAAGAGCGCAGAGUAGGAUGAGCAUGCCAGAUUUAAGCUCCAGGCAAUGGGGAGGUGAUUGUCCUCAGUACCUGGGUUAUUAUUCUCCAGGAUGCUCGCCGGAAAUGACUGGUGGAUCAGUCAAUUAG